UGUUUACUAUGUUCCUGUUUAUAUACAAGUACUAUUAAUAUUAUAUUUUCGUUAAUGUACAAAAUAGUGCUCACCUAAUAAUACAAUAAAAAUAAUUAUGUUAUUAUAACGAAUGGCGUUAGUUGAUCAAAGUACUUAUAUUAGAAUAUGAAUAUUUUUUGUAGAAAAAUACGGGUAUAAUAAUUUAUAUAUAAUAGAAUAAAUAAUUGAAUAAAGAUGCGUAGAGAAAAUUCUUCCACUAACAAUGAAUCUAAUCAAGAAUUCCAACAAUCUAGAUUUACUACAGUUAUAGGUUGUAUUUUAUGUUUAAUUGGGAUAUUUCUUUUAGUUUCAAACGAGGGAGAAGCUGCUUCAGUAUCUCAUUCUUUGAAUGAAGCUUUAAGUCACAUAGUAAUAAUUGAAAAUAUAUAUGACCUUUCAAAAGAUUAUGAAGAUAGAUUAGUUUAUUUUUCUGGUCCAUUGUGGAUCAAUGAACCUUUAACAGAACCAGAUUAUGGAGUUAUUAUUGAAAGUGUUAAACUCAAAAGACGAGUUCAAGUUUAUCAAUGGGUUGAAAUAGAAGAAGAACGUACCUAUGAAAAUUAUGAGGAUGGUAAACAUUAUUAUUACACCACUGAAUGGAAGGAUAAGCUGAUUGAUUCAGAUCAAUUUUAUAUUCGAUAUGGACACGAAAAUCCAAAAGAAAUGCCAAUUAAGAGUCAAAUUCAAAUAGCAGAUCAAGUGAAAAUUGGUAAUAUUAUUCUGGGUUCAGAAUUGAAGAAAAAAUUCAAUGAUUUUAGAGAAAUCACUAGUGAUCAACGGCCUGAAAGAAGUGACAUCAAAAUGCAUGCUGGAUUGUAUUAUCAUAGCUCUGAUUUAUGGAAUACACAAGUUGGAGACGUAAGAGUGUUAUUGUCUUUUGCUGGAAAAGCAGGAGAUAUAUAUACUAUUGUUGGAAAAUUUGUACGAGGAACAAUAGUGCCAUUUAUUACUCCCCAUGGGAAUGAAAUUUUGCUCCAAAGGAAAAAUAAAGUAACCAUAGAAAUAAUGUUUCACCUAGAGCAUGUUUAUAAUUAUUGGAGGACUUGGAUAAUGCGGUGUAUUGGAUGGCUUGUAAUAUUCAUGUCUACAACAUGUCUUUCAAAUACAAUCAAGAAAAUAACCUUAAAUUCACAAUAUUUAAGUGGAAUAAUUCCACUUGAUUCAUUGGCCUUAACUACUUCCUUCUCAAUAAGUAUUUUAGUUGUCGGCAUUGGAUGGCUUUGGUAUCGUCCAAUUAUUGCUAUAUGUAUAACCUUACUUUCGACGUUUCCAUUUUUGUACUAUGCUUUCUUUUCUUCCCCAAAUCAAACACGAGAACGGUAUCAUAGAAUAACGUAGGUAUGAAAAAAUUAAAUUUUGAGUAUAUUCAUGAGUUUCAUUUUGAGUGUGUGUGUAUUUAUCAACCAUGAGUGUAACUUCAUCUAGUCGUUUAUUGUGAUGAAGGUAUAAUAGGUUAUAUGAUCAUGUUUAUUUAGUAUUGAUAUUAUUAUAAAUUAAUUGAUUAAAUAUUAAUUUAUUCGUGUGUAUGAUAAUUUUAUUGAUUUUGAUUUCAAAGUGGAACAUCCCUGUCUAGUCUCAAUACACUGUCGUUAAUUCAGCAUAUUUCAUCCAUGUUGUACAGUUUUCAACUUCAUAUUCUAAAAAAUUUUGAUACAAUUGUCGACACUGAUCAAAUUCACUUAACUGAAUCUUUAAAUCAAUAAUAAUUUUUUCUUAAUGAAUCAUCAAGAAUAAAUAUAGAAUCAAAUAAUAAAAUUGUAACAUAUGAUUGGAUUGUAAAAACUCCAUUGUAUUUUGCUACUCAAUUGUCAGGACAUAACAAAUGAAAUAAAAUAAUCAAAUAAAUAGAAAAAUAUAUG